AUGGCCACGCCUGCACGCGACCCCGUACUUCUGAAACCGUCGAAAAAUGAUGUACCACCACUCCAUCGCGUAGGCAUGCUGGAACUUUUGCACAAAGACUCCCGCCCUACCUUUGUAAUUGACACGAGACCAGAGAAUGCCGACUGUCUGAAUCCAUAUGUAUUGGAUUAUUGGAAUCCGGCCAUGGCCACUGCAAAUCCUGAAGGCCUGUUGCGACUCCUAGGCCGCAAAGUCAUUGCGCAAAACAACCAUGAGGAAGGCUACCUGCCAUUUACCCCAUACCAAAAAUGGUGCCAGGAGCAAGACGCGCCAAAGGUGUCGUUUCCGUACCUUGGGUUCGACUGGACAAAGGUUCAGGUCGCUAGUCGUUGGAACGUCAUCAGCGGUGUCUGCGUUAGUGUGCGCGCGAACAGCGGCAACUCCAACACAAAGGCUCCCACAAAAGAAAUCUCUAACGCAAAGCCAUCGCAUUUUGACUGGACAGACGAAGAAACAUUUCCAGACCGACUGUCUCCUCAUGCGGCAUGGGCGCGCAGUAUCGAUUGGUCCUCUACCCCUCUGGGCCCAAUGCGUUCCUGGUCGUCUGAACUGCGCAGCUUUUGCAACUUGGUCAUGAUGGACCCGCAACCCGCCGUGAUAUUCUAUGGGCCAGAUCUCAUCAUGAUAUACAACGAAGCCGAGAUUGGCCUUCUAGGAGGCUUCCAUCCAUGCAUGGGAGAAAGUGCGCGUGUUGCACUUUCCACAGUCUGGGGUGAGUACUUUGAACCAAUUAUUGAAAAGAACCUGGCCGGAGAGACUGUUCAGAAAACCAACACUGCGAUUCACAUGGUACGCAAUGGAUACAUGGAAGAAACGUACUUUUCGUUGAAGUUCAUCCCAAUAUUGGACUCCACAGGUGCUACCGUUGGCCAUUAUGAACCUUUGGUUGAAACAACUAAAGAAGUAGUUACGCAAAGACGCUCACGUACACUUCUUGAAUUGAGUGAAGAGAUUCCGACCGCACGAAACUCCGAUACCUACUGGAACGUUGCUACCGAAGUUUUGUCACGGAACGACAAGGACAUGCCCUUCGUUCUUCUGUACUCUGCCGAUGCUGACACCAGCGGCUCUACAUCAAGUAGGACUCGAUUUUCCGACAAUAAUCAACAGCAUUGCAAACUUCGAGACUCCUUUGGGCUCCCCAAAGGAUCACCAGCCUGUCCAGAGCACUUGGAUUUCCAGCAGGACCAUGGAUUCACACCGUAUUUCCGACAGGCUCUUGCAGCUCGAAAACCAAUCAUCGUACACUUUGACCAAGAUCCUGUCGCUGCAGAACUUGUUCAUGGUGUCGAAUGGCAGGGGUUUGGAGAUCCUUGCAAAUCAGCGGCUAUCUGUCCCUUGAACCCAACUUCUUCGCGAGAUAAUAUACUUGGGUUCCUAGUUAUGGGACUGAAUCCGCGUAGACCCUUCAAUGACACCUAUUAUCAGUUUAUUUUGGUUGCUAGUCGCUUACUUUCCACAUCUCUUACAUCAAUCUUGCUUCACGAAGAAGACAUUGGACGUCGGGAACAAACGAUAGCCACCGCCGAAGCGAUGAAGUAUCAGCUCAGACAGCAACUGACACAAUCCCAGCUGGAGUCGGAGCGCAAUCUGUCCAAGUUCAGGCGUUUUGCAGAGCGUGCCGACGUUGGUAUUUUUCUUGUCGAUAUGGAUGGAGUUUAUUCGUACAGAAAUGAUGCCUGGUUUGAGAUGUUGAGCCCGAAGAGUCGCGAUGUCAGUCUUGAAGAAGCGUGGGACGAGGUUGUAGACGAAGACUUUCUUCCUCUAGGACAUGCCAAGUUCAAGAAACUUAUGGAGACCAAAGAGCACCAGUCUUUCGAACUGCGUCUCAAGAAGACCUGGAAUGCACCAAGUCAGGGUCUCGAUGAUACAAUGUCCGAAGAACAGCCUAUGUGGGUCCUGACAUCAAUUUUUCCUGAGCUUAACGACGACGGCGCAGUGAUUGAGUUGAUUGGUUGUUGUACGGAUAUCAGGAGCUUGGAGAACUUUAUUGACACUACUUCACAUGAGAUGCGCAACCCUCUCUCUGCAAUUGUUCAAUGUGCCGACAGCAUCAUAUCCACUCAUAGGGCUUUUGGCGAGUCACCGGAUUACCAAAAAGUCUAUCGAAACAUCUUGGAAACAACCAUUGACGCCGCCGAAACGAUUGUUCAAUGUUCCAAGCAUAUGAAAACCAUUGUUGAUGAUGUGCUCACCAUAUCCAAACUCGAUUCGGGUUUGUUCGUGUUGACACCAGUCGAUGUCCAACUGGAGUCCAUCGCCAGAGAUGCAGUCAAGAUGUUUGAGGGUGAGGCAAAGUCAGCCGGCGUGGAUUUGCGGUUCCUGAUGGAAGAUUCUUGCGAGAACAGUAACAUUCAAAUGGUUUCGCUCGAUCCAACACGAGUCUUGCAAAUACUCAUCAAUCUCAUUACCAAUGCAAUCAAAUUCACGCGAUUGGAACCCAUACGGAAAAUAUGUGUUAGUCUGGGUAUAACUUUCGAGCGUCCGACCCAUAGUGAACACGGCAAAGUGCCGUUUUCGCGUACGUCGGAAGCUUCAGAGGCGCAGACACUGCAGGCCGAUUGGGAAAAGGGUGAUAUUGUUUACAUCGUAUUCUCUGUGCAAGAUACUGGCCGUGGGCUGAGUGACGAAGAACACCAACUCCUCUUCACCCGCUUCUCCCAAGCAUCGCCACGCACACAUAUUGACUAUGGUGGAUCUGGUCUCGGUCUUUUCAUCUCACGGCGACUAUCCGAGAUGCAUGGCGGCGCAAUCGGCUUCGCCUCUAAACCAAGUGUUGGCAGCACAUUCUCAUUCUACGUAAAGAGUCGCAAGAGUGGUAUUCGUGCCAAUUACAGCCGAAGUGAAAGCGACGCUGCAGUCAGCGUGAGUCUACGCGCACAAGAAACAUUGCUAUCCAGCCGAAAUCGCAACGAAGCCACUGAAAAUACCAAUUCUCACAACAUCAAGACCGUCCCAACAGACAUACCGAACAAGGACCUCCACGUUUUGAUCGUCGAAGACAAUCUUGUCAACCAACGCGUGCUCGCCAAACAGCUUCGCAACACAGGUAUGCACGUCACAGUUGCGAAUCACGGCGGCGAAGCCAUCGAGCAUCUCCACACAACAGACUACUGCGUCUCCGACGGAUCUGGCAAGCCUCUCUCGCUCAUCCUGAUGGACUGGGAAAUGCCCGUCAUGGACGGUCUAACCUGCGUUCGCAAUAUUCGCCAACUACAGAGCAAAGGCGUAGUAAGGGCUCAUGUACCAGUCAUUGCCGUGACGGCGAACGUGCGGAGUGAGCAGGUCGAGGUGGCAUUUAAGGCAGGCAUGGACAAUGUUAUUAGCAAGCCGUUUAGGAUACCAGAGCUUUGUGCUUGCAUACAGAAGACACUUAGAGCUACGGCGGGUGUAUAG